UGCUUAUCUUCUGACCUUCAUUCGUGUUUUCGCCCUAGCUGAUUUCUCUUCGCAAGAACUCAACCUUUCAUGACCCUUUCUCAAUUCCUUCAAGCUAGCUGGCCAAGAAGGCCAGUUAUCCUUGUGACCUCAGGGAAGAAAGUACAAAAGUACUUAUGUGAGAGUCCAAUGUGCCCACCAGAUACUUGGAAAGAGAGAGCAAUUCUUUUCGCACGAGUAUUGUCGGCAGGUAAUGGUCCGUUAGCUCAGUUGCAGAAAGCAGUAGGUAGCGAGGGCGUUGCAGAUGAAAGUGCUGAGGUGUUCUGUUGUCGAAAAGGGCACUAGAAUACUUAUGUAACUAUAAAAGGAGUCACACGGAAUAUACCGGCGACCGGUAAGCUGUGUUGCUAUAUCGGAGGCAGGAGUGAAGUGCUGCUAGGCAGCAAGUGAGUAGGAAAAACGAGCGAUCUGGAUCUUU